AUAUAGUGAAUGCAGGGUCCGGGGAGACCAGAUAUAGUGAAUGCAGGGUCCGGGGAGACCAGAUAUAGUGAAUGCAGGGUUCAGGGAGACCAGAUAUAGUGAAUGCAGGGUCCGGGGAGACCGGAUAUAGUGAAUGCAGGGUCCUGGGAGACCGGAUAUAGUGAAUGCAGGGUCCUGGGAGACCAGAUAUAGUGAAUGCAGGGUCCUGGGAAACCAGAUAUAGUGAAUGCAGGGUCCGGGGAGACCAGAUAUAGUGAAUGCAGGGUCCAGGGAGACCAGAUAUAGUGAAUGGAGGGGUCCGGGGAGACCAGAUAUAGUGAAUGCAGGGUCCGAGGAGACCGGAUAUAGUGAAUGCAGGGUCCGGGGGAAACCAGAUAUAAUGAAUGCAGGGUCCGAGGAGACCGGAUAUAGUGAAUGCAGGGUCCGGGGAAAUCGGAUAUAGUGAAUGCAGGGUCCUGGGAGAGCUGAUAUAAUGAAUGCAGGGACCAGGGAGACCGGAUAUAGUGAAUGUAGGGUCCGGGGAAAUCGGAUAUAGUGAAU